GCCAGGCCGGCGCUCCGCUGUCCCGGGUGCUGGAGCGCUCCCGCGGGCAGGCCUUGCUGCGGGCCCCGCGGGCCCCACCCAAGGCCGCGGCGCGCGUGCAGCGCGGAACGCCAGCGUGCAGCGGGGACCCCAGCGGGCUCAGCCCGGCGCGGCUCUGGGGCCGUGCCCGCCCCCGAAGGCGAGGGCUCCCCGCUCCUGCGCCGGCCGCUGCUGCAGGCACCCCGCGAGGCCAUGGUACAGAAAUACCAGUCUCCGGUGCGCGUCUACAAGUACCCCUUUGAGCUGGUCAUGGCGGCCUACGAGAAGCGCUUCCCCACCUGCCCACAGAUCCCCGUGUUCCUGGGCAGCGAGGUGCUGAGCGAGUCCCGCAGCGCCGACGGGGCGGUGCACGUGGUGGAGCGGAGCUGCCGGCUGCGCGUGGAGGCCCCGCGGCUGCUGCGCAAGAUCGCGGGCGUGGAGCACGUGGUGUUCGUGCAGAGGAACGUGCUGAACUGGCGCGAGCGCACGCUGCUCAUCGACGCGCACAACGAGACCUUCGCCAGCCGCGUGGUGGUCCAGGAGCACUGCAGCUACCGGGUGCACCCCGAGAACCAGGACUGGACAUCCUUCGAGCAGUCGGCCUCGCUGGACAUCCGCUCUUUCUUCGGCUUUGAAAGUGCCCUGGAGAAGAUCGCCAUGAAGCAGUACACGGCCAACAUCAAGAGGGGGAAGGAGGUGAUCGAGUAUUACCUGAACGAGCUCGUCUCCCAGGGCACCUCCCACAUCCCGCGGUGGACGCCCGCGCCGGUCCGGGAGGAGGACCCCCGCGCCCAGGCUGCACCCAGGGACGCCGCCCCCCCAGAGGCCGCCGAGCCCAGCAGCCCCCCGGACCUCGUUCCCAGGAUGGUGGGCACAGACGGCAAACUGGACGCCGAGUACAUCGCGAGGUGUCUGGGCCCUCUCACGCCCCUGCAGGAGAGCUGCCUCAUCCAGCUCCGGCUCUGGCUGCAGGAGACCCACAGGGGCAAGAUCCCCAAGGACGAGCACAUCCUGCGCUUCCUGCGCGCCCGCGACUUCCACGUGGACAAGGCCCGGGACAUGCUGUGCCGCAGCCUGAGCUGGCGGGAGCUGCACCGGGUGGACCUGCUGCUGCAGAGCUGGCGGCCCCCCGCCCUGCUGCAAGAGUUCUACGCGGGGGGCUGGCACUACCAGGACACAGAGGGCCGCCCCCUCUACAUCCUGCGUCUGGGUCACAUGGACACCAAGGGCCUGAUGAAGGCGGUCGGGGAGGACGUCCUGCUGCAGCACGUCCUGUCGGUCAGCGAGGAGGGCCAGAAGCGCUGUGAGGGGAACAGCAGGCAGCUGGGCCGGCCCAUCAGCUCCUGGACGUGCCUGGUGGACCUGGAGGGGCUGAACAUGCGGCACCUGUGGCGGCCGGGCGUGAAGGCGCUGCUGCGCAUGAUCGAGGUGGUGGAGGGCAACUACCCUGAGACGCUGGGCCGGCUGCUCAUCGUGCGCGCGCCGCGCGUCUUCCCCGUGCUCUGGGCGCUGGUCAGCCCCUUCAUCCACGAGAACACCAGGCGGAAGUUCCUCAUCUACAGCGGCACCAACUACCAGGGCCCGGGCGGCCUCGUGGACUACCUGGACAAGGACGUGAUUCCCGACUUCCUGGGCGGCGAGUGUGUGUGCAACGUCCCGGAAGGAGGCCUGGUCCCCAAGUCCCUCUACCUGACCGAGGAGGAGCAGGGACACGCAGAGCAGCUGCGGCAGUGGCGGGACACUUACCAGGCAGCCAGCGUGCUCCGCGGAGCCCCCCACCAGGUAGCCGUGGAGAUCCUGGAGGGGGCGUCAGUCAUCACCUGGGACUUCGACAUUCUCCGGGGGGACGUGGUGUUCAGCCUGUACCACACGCGCCUGCCGCCCAGGACAGAGCCGCGGGAGCCGGGGGCCGCCGGGCAGCGCCCAGAGCAUGGCUGGGCCCCGGGCGCUGACUGCAGCCGCGUGGAGGCCCCGCUCGUGUGCCGGGAGGGGGAGAGCAUCCAGGGCUCCCACGUGACCCGCUGGCCUGGCGUGUACGUGCUGCAGUGGACGAUGCACAGCGCCCCGGGCGGGGACGAGGCCCCGCAGAGCCCGGGGCCCCGGUGCAAGCUCCUGUACUACUACGAGGUGCUGGCGUCGGAGGACUUCAGGGGCUCCAUGUCCAGCCUGGAGUCGUGCACCAGCGGCUUCUCCCAGCUCAGCGCCGCCACCUCCUCGUCCUCCUCGGGCCAGUCGCACAGCAGCUCCCUGGCCUCCAGGUAGGGGCGGAGCCCCCGGCGGCCGGAGCAGCCCGCAGCAAGCCUGGGACCACGCGGGCUCCGCGGUGCGAUGACGCCGCUGCCAGGACAGAGCCGCGUCAGGCGGGGGACAGGCCGCCUCCGAGUCUGGGGGCUGCGGGUGCCGCGGGCGCGGCUGGCCCUUGGGUGGCCCCUUCUCAGGUGCCUUUGCCACGCAGGGGACCCCGUUUUCCUCAGAACCCCCCCUUCCCUCACCCCUCAGUGCAGCUGCAGAAGAGAACCUCUCUCCGAGCUCCCGCCACGCCCCUGGGACACUCCCAGUCAGCAGUUAGCGACCCAGGAAGUCUAGAACCUUCCAUGGUCCUUCCCCUGGGGAGCUCCGACUGCACCCUGCGCCCAGGGAGAGCUGCCCAGCCAGCCCUCUCUUAUUCCUUUCUCUGUCUCGGCCGGGGCAGAGAGCACUGUGGUAGGAGCACCAGGGCUUUCCAUUUUAGGGGGGGCAGGUGGUUUCCAAACCAAGCCUUUCCUUUCACUGGCUGUGGGCCCUCCAGCAGGUGACUGCACCUCUGUGCCUCAGUUUCCCCAUCUGCCAGGCGGGGAGACAGUGCCUACCUCAUCCACUGGGCCGUAAAGGGCUUGGCGCAGCGCCUCGUAGGGAAGCUGAGUGUGUUUGGGGGGGUGGUCUCCUGCGAGCCGCCACAGCUCCUCCUUCUGAGGGCGGAAGUGGGGUGCGGGGCCGAACACGACUUUGCACGCGGGAGCUCUGGGCUCAACCUCUGAACCCCACUGGGGGUGACCCCCCUGUGCACCCAAAGAAUGAUGGCAUUGGCCCUGCUACCCUCAGAGCUGAGGGGCGCGUAGACGCAGCCUUGCAGACGCUGCCGCCUCCUUGGGCAGAGGACAGAGGGACGUGUCGCCGGGAGAGCCGGCCCCUCGGCCGUCAGCUCCGGGGGUGGGCAGGAGGGUGCGGGGCGUCCCCGCCUCCCCUUGGUUUGCAGUGCGCGCUUUCUUGUCCUGCCCCUUCAGACAGAAGCAUUAAACCUCUGAUUUGGAAGCGUC